UUUGACCCUUGACAAAAGCUCUCUGUUUAUUCUUUUGGCGACCUCAAAAGGAACCUGCGGUUUUAUUCUCUUAUUGUAAUCAAAUAACAUUGUGGAAUUUUAGUCAUCUUGGAAUAUAGUGCCGCCUUUGUUUAAAUGACAGAAAUUAUGGUUCCUUGUAAGAUUAGCUGAGAAACUAGCCUUGCCAAUUCUAUCUUACUUGAGAUAUUGAAUGAAGAAUUGCCAAGAUAGUUUUUAAUUAACAUAGAAGUUUUCAUCUAGAAAUGACACUAUUGUGACUUUCAUUUGUCUGUUGAUAAGUGGAGUUACCAGUACAUUGUAGUAUUUGGAAGGUCAUGCUCGAGCAAUUUGCAGUCUUGCAGUAUAUUUAAUUGCACCAUGAAAAAAUGUUCAGGAAGGUUAUAAAUGGCUACUUUCGGUAUUUUGUUUUAGGUUUGAGUUUCCUUCCUAAAUUAAGCAAGUUAGAUAUCACCUAAAGGGACUUUUGUAAAGGCAGGUGCCAUUUGGUGUUGGCAGCAUUGUUUAUUGUAAAAUUAAUGUGCUUUUCUUAUAACACAGUCAUACACAUUAGAUACAGCAAUCCCGGUAGCAGAUAGAUUUGGUUUUUUGUAACAGUUUGUUCCAAAGGCUUAGUGACAGACUGUAGUUUAUUGUAGCAAAAUUUCCACAUUUAUCUGCUAAAAGAAAAUUGUGUCCUCUCUGUCCUCCUUUCAAAUUUUACCAAACCAUAAACAAGGGCACAUUUUCAAGAGCAAAGGCAAAUAUCCAUGAUUUUUUGGAUAUUUUAACAUUUUUUAUUGAUUAAAAUUCAUGUUUCAAGAUGCAAAUUAGCUUUGCAAACCUGCAUUUUUCAAUAAUAAAAAUGCAAGAAGACAAAAAUACAAAUUCUAAAUGCCAUGCCCUUCACUUUUGUCAAGAACUCUCAAGCUCAGAUAUUAAAGCAAAUGAAUAAAAUUUUAAUUUAAUGUCACGAAAACUGAUUUGAAAAAGUUUAUGUAAGAGGAACUUUAACAUUCAUUUGUAUAAAAAGUAUAACUCCAGUUUUUUACAGCUCUAGCAAUAUUUCUUUUCAGCUAGAGACAAAUUUCAAAAACUUGAUUAGACUCUAGAAUUUUGGAGAUGGUCUUGUAGUUCUAAAGUAAUGAAUCAUUGGUAACAUGCACAAGCUUUGUUGAUGUGUCUUCUACAGACAGCCUUAAGGAUUUUAUAUUUACCUCUCCCAACACUCACUUUUUAGUGUUUUUAAGAACAUUUGAGGUCUGUCCUUCACUUUGACAGAACUGUAUCAAAGAUUAUAAAGUAUAGCAAAUUUGUGUAGAAAUAUCAGCUAACUGAUAGAACCAGGGACAAUUAAAGUUGACUCCAAAAGUGGGUGAAGGUCAAAUUAAAUAGUCAUAACAAAAGGUUUUGUGAAUAGGCUCUUGUUUUUCAAAGAAGUGGGGGGGGGGGGGCUUUACCAUUGGCUUGGCAAUGUUCAUUCAGGCUAGCAAGAUUGCAAUAAUAUUACUAGAGGCUCAUAUUAUUUGUCAAUAAAGAAAAGAUCACAAUAGCAGUCUGCUUGAGGGUUUCCAAGUAGUUUUGGUGGGGAAAAGUCAGUGAAAAUGUAGCAAAUAAGAAACACUGCAAUGGGACGAGAAUGAACAACAAUAAAUACAGCAAGUUUUUAUUUUAUGAUUAUAUAAAGCUGAAUAUAGACACUGUAAUAUGUAGACAUUGGUGUCUCCCACGAAAACCUUUUCAAAAUUUCCUUAUCUUCAAAAGUAUUUUUCAAAAUUGACUUCUUCAAAAUGACUGUUUCAAAAUUUCCUUUCCCUUCAAAAAUACUUUUCAAAAUUGACUUCUCCUUCAAAAUGACUUUUUCAAAAUGAUUUUUCUUCAAAACGACUUUUUCAAAAUGAAUUCUCCUUCAAAUGGACUUUUCAAACUACAACAAUGGGCCAACACCUGCCACACGGCUUUUACUGUAAAAGUGGAGUAUGCUCUGAAUAAGACAAGAAACACCAACAUGGUUCAUUUUGAGUAGAAAAUAUUCAGUUAUAAGUACUCAAAUAUAUUUAGGGUAGAGGUGCUCAGGCUGUAAUACAAACCAUCAACCCAACCAAUUAUUCAUAUCUUAAAAAAUUGACCCAAAAAGUGAUAAAGUGUGCAUUUUUUCUCUUUUUUAAACUUUUUCUCGUGAAGACCCAAAAAAAUUCUGAAUUUCAUUGAGCCAAAAAUAAAACUUAUGGACUCUUUUUUAAAAGUUGAAGACUUACUCUUACUAAUUUUUCUUAAGCCUGGUACUAAAGUUUCUUUAAUUUUUGCCCAUCUUAGUACUAGUUUCUUAUAAACCAGUUUCUUAUAAAUUAAAGACGUGUAACAUGGUAAAACUGUGUGUUGAACAUUUUUCGCAUUCUUUCUAUUGUAACAAAGUAUUUACAACAUCGUUAUCCAAAAUUCAAAUGCAAUUACGGAAUAUCGUCAAUAUCAACACACUAUCUUGAAAACUCGAAGUAUUUCCAAAAGCUGCCAAUGUAACGAAUACUCCAAACAAUUGAAUUAACCUUUUGUGACGCCACAACUCUUUUGUGUAUCUCGAACUUGAAACCAAGUGUUACUUGCCAGGAUAGGUCUCCUUUUCACAAAUUCUUCUAUCUCCUCUCUUGAGACCCUUUGACACCAUGAGGAAGUUCUCUACUGGACCCUUUCCAACUUGUCAGGGACCUUUGGUACAAACCUUUUUUCUUAACAAUUAAUUUUGAUGAUAUACUUUUACUGUUCGUUUGUGUUGUUUUGCUUGUAUAUGUUUCAAUUAACUACAUUCUGUGCAUACUCCACCUUUCUGCCUUCUUGCUUUUUCCAUUAAAUUCCAACCAGUAGAAAUACCCUAAAAGACCCCUUGCCUUCUUUAAAGAUGCCUUUUAACUCACGCCUACUUCUAGGAAGUUAAUCCACCGCUUCAAUACUGUUAUGCAUAAAGAUGUAACGAGCCUUCAGGUGUUGAUUCCAACUAAAGUUGUAUAUAUUAUUCAUGAUGUAAACGAUUUUUGAUUAUACAACAUGUCGAUGUAAAGUUUAAGAAGUUUCCAAUUGGUAACGAAUUAAACUCCUAGUGUAGUGUAAAGCCCUUGUUUAACCUGGAAUUUUCAUUCUCUGGGUGCAAACAUCUCCGUUCCUUUUUACCACUCCCUGUCCUUCUAGCAUUUGUCUUUACAAGUAGCGCCUCUUUUGCUAUGUUGCUAAAACAACUUAAAAACAACUUGAUGAGAUUUCAGAUAAUGGUAACAACAACAACAAUUACGCAGAAGCACGAUUAACUGCGUCAUAAACCAGCUUCUUCCGACUGAAAACCAGGGUCACCAGUGUCCAAUAAAAAAACUGACUGUAUCUUCGAAACCGAAACAACACCGUUGGUUACGUACAUAUUAUGAACUCUUGAUUUCAAAUUUCCCGGUUGAUUAUGUUCCCUGCAAUUAAUAUGGCUCUCGACUUCAAAAUAUAAAUUUUACGAAUCGAUAUUCAUAUAGCAUGACCAGGGCCUCCGACGAAGGGGGGCAUGGCCCCCCACUUUCUUUGAAAACAACAUAAUUUUUUUAUACCCUCUGUUAUGAUGCCCCCUCCCUCCACUUUAAAACAUGCGGACGGACAUCCUCUUAUUCAAAAAUUUUGUGUGACCCCCCUGGGGGAUGUCAAAAUAGAAAGACUGUGGCACAGAAUAGAAUAGAACUUUUCUAUUCUGUGACUGUGGACUGGAAAACCUUUUAGAUUCUUUCAUUGUCCUGGGCAACUUUUUGAAUUUAUGUUAACAUAUCGUUAAGAGCCAUAAAUUAAAUAAAAUGGUACGAAAUUCAAUCUGUUCUCCUGUGGCAGUGUUUUCUACGUAGUCAUUUCUUUGGUUUCAGAAGCAGAAAAGAACGGAUAAUAUUUUUAAUCAGGUUUGCAAUGUUUUGACAAAGUGAACCUCUCUUUCCACACAGAUUUUCUAGCAAAGACCGAGGUACAACUUUUUGUUUGGGGGGGGAGCAGCCCUGAUGGAUAAGUGUAACAAUAGCUAUAUUUUGCAAAAAAAUAUUCCACUUAUGCUACCUAAGUUUUUUAGUAGGCACCCCCGGCCCCCUCCCCCCGGCGGUAUCUCGUUCCUUGUUUUCUAAUGAUAAUCAAGGACCACGAUAUAUUUUUAUUAAUAUUAUUAUUGUUAUUAUUAUCAUUAUCAAUCUAGAUAUCAACCUCACUCCUAGGUCGCCUCUCUUGGAGAUGGGACUUGCGCACGAAAUCUAAAUUAAUUUCACAGCGUGGUUUGCAAGAAAAGGUGUGAAAGGGGAAUUAUUAUUCCCAAUGUGAGGUAGAGUGGAUACCUCUAACGAACACGCGAUGGGGCUUGCAUAAAAGACCCACUAGUAUCGACAACUACAUUGGCAAACAAGGUUUAAGAAGAUGCUCGAUACUGAAAAAUGGUGGCAAACACAGCUUGCGCAAGAUGUCCACUCAACCUUGAAAAAACGCGAAAUUGAAUUACCUGUUUAUCGCUCGAGAUCUCCGCAGAUAUGCUACCGAAGAUUUCUUGUAAACUGGCUAGCAGUAAUUGGUGAAAAGCUAGGCCUAGUGCAGGAAGUGGUUCAUUUGGCUGUCCGUUAUUUAGAUCACGUUAUGGACAAGUACGACCUUCUUUUGGAAUCCCAGUUGAACAUGCUUGCUUUGUGUUGUCUGUCAUUAGCUGCAAAGAUUGGAGAAUGUGAAGAUAACAUACCCAAAGUUUCUAUCUUGAAGAAAUUUUGCAAUGAAUCGUUUCUUAUGCAUGAGUUCAUUUCCAUGGAAGUAAAGAUCUCCCAAUGUCUUAACUGGAAAUUGAUUCUUCCAACAGCUGCAAACUUUUUGGAUUUUUAUGCAAUGGAAAGCUUGUCUAUUGACAACCUCCAUGCAGGGGAAAACAUUGUAUGCUUGGUGCAGGCAAGAUCAUAUUUAGAGAAAUAUGCAAAGUAUUUUGUUGAAGUAUCCUUGCAAGACUAUAUUUUUCUUCAAUUCCUUCCGUCUUUGGUUGCAUCUGCCGCCGUCCUUUGCGCAAGAAUUUGCUUGAAGAUCACACCUGAGUGGCCAAUGAAGAUGGCAACCCUUACAAAGUAUUCAGUUGCUGAUUUACGGAGAUGCAAAGAUUGUAUGAUGCGGAUACACGAAAUAGAUGCAAAGAGAACGAAAGAUGCUAAUACUUCAGAAGAAAAUGCCUGACGAUGUUUCUCACCUAAGAUAAAGAUAAGAAUAAGUAUAUUUAUUUCUGUUUUAUUUAAUAUCAGUUUUGGGUUGUAAUGUUGAUACAUUCAUAGUAUAUAGUAUGUACUAGUUGGGCAAUGAAGGGCUGUAUAAAAUUUGUUUAACAGUAGAGAGAAAUUAUAACUAUUUAAGGAUAUUGACGCGAAUUUAAGAUAUCAGUGUAAGCUUGGGGAGUUAACGUUCAGUUUUAGAGUUAUUUUUACGAUAGUGUCAUAUCAAUAAUUUACUUAUUCAAAGACUACGUGAAGAAUCAUUGAACUGAAAACAAACUUGAGACCGCCCAAAGAAAAAAGGUAAGAUUUUCGCCAUAUUUAGUCAGUUUUAUACCCGGAAAUUGAACAGCUUCGUAGCGACGGAUGUGUUGGGUUAUUAAUAUUAUCAGGGUGCUAAUGCAUGCAUUAAAAUGAUUUGACUUAUAAAUGCCAGUAUAUUUGCUUUGCUAAAGCUAUUUCUAAGUCGUAUAUUGAAUAAUGUAAGUUGUAAAGCUUAUAUUAUUCAUAUUUACUGUUCAAAAACAGGGAUGCCACGAGACAAAUUUUAUGGCAGCUUUUCAGAGAGAUUUUGAUGUAAAGUAAUAUUCAAACAACGCAGUCGAAAUAAUAAAUAGAAAAUAUUAUGUUGGAUUAAAAACGUCUUUGUAUUAUCCGACAGGUUUCGGAUUCAAAUAAUUUUGUUAUCAAUGAUAAGUUUUGCCAUGCAGAUUAGUAACUUCCAUGGUAAAGUUUAAUCAUAGAUAAUCCAAGCUGCUUAAGAUGCAAGCUUAGUCGAGCGUUUGCUUACAAUACUUCGCUUGACGCUCUGUUGUAACCAAAUCGUUUACUUUACCUUCAGACUUGAUUUUAGCAUCUCUUCUGUGACUGAACUGAGAGAAGCAAACUUAUUUUAUUUGGAUUAUGUUCCUGUGAAAAGCCAAUAUUCCCUUAUAUCAAGGGUUCUGUGCUCACGGGUAUUAAAUGCCCUAGACCCUUUCUCGUCUUUCCAGAUGCACGAAUAAUGGUCUCACUCACGUUCAAAUUUGGGCUGAUGGAAAAAGUAACUUCUUCAUAGUUAGCUGAAAUAAUUCCAUGUAAAGGAUUUCUGUGUAUUUCAGUGUGAAGCACUUAAUGUACAAAAAAGAUUUUAUUGGAUAUGGACACGUUUUCACAUAUCUUCUCGUGAAUGUUUUCAUUGUUCCAUGGUGAGAGUUAGCGUUAUUCUCUUCCCUCCCCAACUCCCCCCGAUCGAUUCCCCCCUGAUCGACUCCCCCUGAUCGACUCCCUCCCCCGAUCGAAUCCCCCACUCCCCGAACAUCGGUAUGAAUCCACGAUAAUACCCAAUAUUGAAAUUACCAAACGCAAAUGUGAAAGAAAAACUAAUGUUAAUAUAACGUUGUAUUCUUUCUAUCUAAUGCAUUCACAAAUAAAUUUUGCUUGCAAAUUAAACAAUGUUCAUUUCACAGAACCUUAUUUUUCCUUGUUUUCCUUUCCUGCUACGGUUGUGUUUUACCUUCAUGUGUUUCUCAGAUCUCAACUAUCGCCUAAGUUAAAUGCUGUCAGUAAUUUUGGCUCAAGUUUAGUUCUCUUCAGGGUUGCCGAAAGGUUUGGGAGGCCCUUGGGGCAAAGGUGAACGGCGAGGCUCCCUUUCGCGGGCAGAAAAUUCUUGUAACCUUUUCACUUUAGCUAAGCUUUAAAACGCACCCAGAACCUCUCUUGCAGUCAUUUUCUUGUAAUCGCUUUGAUCGUUUUUGGGCUUACUUUUGUUAAGUUUGAUGAAUUCGAUUCUUAAAAUGGAAUUCAUUACUUUACGAUGCAGGGCCGUAAAUCCUGUGGGGCCGAGGGGACUGCACCCCCCAAAAAUCUGGAGCAAAACGAUUUUUCGAGAAAUUAUCGUCAUUUUCUUUGAAAGAAAGGAAUCCCUGGUAACUGGGUUAGAACCAAGCUAAAUUUUUCUGUGGUUGCAACAAACCUCAGCCACUUUGUCAUGGUGUCAAGCACAAGUUGCCUAUUGUUGAUGGCUGCUAUUUAUGUUUGCAGAGUGGUGUCGAAUCGGUGACGAUGCCCAUGGGGGGAUUAGCCCCAAAUAUCUUAUCCACCGGUCACCCCUUGAAUGAAUCUAAAAAAACUUGUUAGAAAAGAAUCGUUUAAGUCGCCAUAAACCUCGACAAACCAACAUUACGCAUAUUUUCAGUACACGCCUUUUUAUAGAAAUCCUAACUCAAAACCUAGGUCCUAAAGUUCCAAUUUUUGGACCUCUGUUAGUCGAAUUGCGGUACCAAGACCUCCAUAAUAGCUCCUUAAUUUUAACUGCACAUUUAGUGACAUGAAAAUUGCAUAGACACAAAAAAGAAAUUCUGAGUUUUGCUUUUAACUGUAGCUAGGAACAAGGCCAAAAGACAAAGAGGGCAAGAAGUAAAAUUAAUUUGCGUAAAAGUACCACGUCAAUAAAGAAGUACUUUUGCAUUUAAUAUUGAGAGAAGCAAUGACUACACACUUUAUUAUUGGAAUUCAAUAAUUUUUGGUCAGCCUCUAUUGUUUUAAGAACAUUUUUGUUUUGAGCCCGAUUAUGUUCUUAGAUACAUCCUUAUUUUUCUAAAUCGUUUGCCCAUCAAACUGUUUCAUAACACAUACCAUAAAUUGCUAAAUUGCUUUGUGGUGCCAUGACCCACUUUACACUUUUUUUUCAUUCGCUCUGCUUCCCCCAUCCCCCCCCCCAAUUGAGAUGACAGAUUUACGGCUCUAUUACGAUGCCCCCCGUAGACUUCAGGGUCAUUGGGCAAUUUGCCCCUCGCUGGUCCUUCUUCUCGGUGGCAAUGAUUCUCCUUGAAAAGCACGUUUAGCAUUUCAUUUUAUGAUGUCAAUGAAAAGGUUGUUCACUCUUUCAUUGAAAUCUUAAAUUCCCCAUUUCUUCAGAGACAUAAAGUUAUGGCUGUUUCGACUCGCAGAUUCACUAAGGGCUAAUGGAUCACGGCUCUGGCUAAGCCGUUAGCCAGCCGACUUCAGUAGAUACAUUAUUGGUCAAUAAGCCGCUGCUUGUCCACACAAUACUGUCCCUUGUAUCCACCGAAACAAACCGUUCACGCCUUUUGUAAGCGGAUAGUUAUCCCAAUGCAAAAUAUGUACAUUUAAGACGUCAAAUCGGCGCUUCGGGGGUUUUCCAUUAAAGAGAAGCAUGUGGCGAAUGUAAACAGCGCAUUUGUACGAGUUCCAUAGCAGCAAUGUAGAAUCAGUCGCAGAAGAAACCAAGAAUAAAACUGGAAAUUUUGUCAUAUUAAAGAUUCCGGCGACUGUCUGAAGAAGAUGGAGUUCAAGAAGUCAGUCCACAUCGACGUAACAGAGCACGAAAGAACGCCUGCUGAAGAGUCCUUUUACGAGUCUUAUUUGUUGAAAAAACAUUCGGACGUUGGCAAUCUGUACGCAUCAAAUGUUUACCAAGGGCAGUGUUUCCAAAAAACUUUGAAGCAUAUUAACAGAGAGAGAAGUGUUCAGGCCGCCGAGAUUGACAGGGAAAUGAAAAAGGUCAAGAAGAAAAUGUUCGAUUUAAAAAUGAAAUCAUCAAGCAAUAGAAUUUUAGGGCAAAGACAAUUUUCCUUUGAUUGCGUCAGAAAUAUAAAGAUGAAUGGUUUAGAUGACUGUCACGGUGAUAUUUUGUCAUUUCCAGUGAUUGGCGGGAAAGGGAGAAACCCCAAGCGUGGUGAAAGGCGUUGUAGCCGGACUUUAUCAGACAGCUCGAACAGAGGGCUAAACGCCAUUCAAAGUGGAUCUUUAAGGUCUAGCUCGGCUAGACAAGUGGGAAAAAGUCUGAAUAAAAGUGAAGGCAGUAUCAUCAAUUAUGGUGAUGGAAGACCUUCAUCGUCUCAAAGUGACGGGUUUCGCCUCUCCAACACUGGAGGUUUUAAAAACUCGAAAACAAACUCUGUCCCCGUCGUUUUUGUGACGGAGAUUGCAGAACCUGCGUCAGUUAAUCCGUCCUCAAGUCUUCGUGAAAAGUGUCGCGACCGAAAUAGCGAACAGAAUGACCAAGGUAAACCUAGCUCAAAGGCUUCCUUGCAAAAGCAAGCUCUCUCUCCAAUUCACACGACAAAAAUAAACCCAAGAGAUGGUUUAACGCAUUCAACCAGUGAAAGUAGUUUGUGCCUGAAUGGAAGGCUACGUCCAGCUAAGUCGCACCAGGAUCUCGCCUGCCUAGAUAGCGCAGCUCCUAUUGAAAGAAGGCCGCGUUCACACACAAUUUCAGGUUGCAGCAAGGCGGGCCCUGAAUUCGAAGGCCUUGAAAUGCGUUACGUACCGCGAGAAGAUCGAGUCAAAUCUGCAAGUACAGGGGGGCUUCCAAAAAUAUAACUUCAACUUGACAAUGACGCUGUUCUUCCAAAAUGACAACCGUUCAUAGUAGUUUAUGGACGAAGUAAUUAUCUGUUCGUAUGUACAGCGUAUUGUUUUAGAAGCGAACAGACCGUAGCUAGCCUUAUGAAUGCUUUUUUUAUUUCCGGUGAAUCUUUGCCUCUGCGGGCAGAGAAUCGCAACCGCUGACAUCCAUGUAAAAUACCUGAUGUUGAAAUAUCUUAGUUGUUUGCCCUUAAAUGUAGAGAAAUGAUUGAUGAUUAUGGUUCAACUGUUUCUCGUCGAUAUCCUACCACCUUGCAUAAUUUACUUUUUAAUCUUUCAAAUUUUAGCUACACUGCCCAUCACUGUAGCAUAUAAAGCAUGAUUCAAAUGCCACAAAAAUAAUUCGACAAACUUAAUUUAAACUUAAUUUAAAUAGAAGUUUCUUUUUUAGAAAGACAUUAUUUACGUUCUUUGCCGCACUUCCCACAAUGCAUUGUAGAAAAAAUUCCCUUGAGGAAAAUUAUGUUUCGUAAACCAAGAGAUUUUGCCAUCUUGAGGGGGAGGGGGGUGCCUAGUCGGCAAAUUUUGAAAUUGUCAGCAAAUAAAGAAUGGUUGACCCAGUUUGUCGGCAAACUGGCCUUCUCAUGCCAGUUCAUUGUAAGGGCUUUGCUUACUGGUACACGGACGACUACAGUAAGAGUUUGGAAAUACCAUUCAUCGUAAAAUCUGGUCAUAACUGCGGGUCGCAUCAGCAAUUAUUGAUGAUGCAUGUAUAAAAAAGGCAAAGUAUAAAUUGAGAAUGUUAGAAGAAAACAAAUGAAAUACUCGAAGAAAUAAGAAUAGAUACUACACUUGCAUACAACCAAUCGAUGUAGGUUAAGGGGAGUGAAUGGCUUGCAUGAGGAGCUUUCAAGCCCUUUUUUGUAAUUUGAAGGUUUUUUACACGUUACCCUCACUCCCAAUACAGUUCAUUUAGUGAAAGGAAAACUUGAAUUUGUUUUGCUAAAAGCAUAAAACAACUUUUGGUAGCACAUCAACAACCAAUUAUAAACAACAGAUAUAUAUUAGCAAACACCAAAAUAUGAAUACCUCAGUAAAUCAUUAGUCUCCCUGGUUAGGUAAAUAGUAUAAUCUAACUAUGGUAUUUGGUCAUCAAUGAAAAAUUAAUAUUCUUAAAAAUAUAUUGAAUCUCUAUUGAAACUAAAAUAUACAUUUUGUAAAUAAUUGGUUUAAAGACUUAAUGGUUUGUUUUUUUAAGUUGAACAUAUCAAAACUUCUGGUACAAUCGUUUUAAAAGUAGACCGUAACUUAUCUUCUUUUUAAAAAUUUUUAAAGGGCGUAUUUCAGGCUCAUUCUUGAAGUGCUCAUUAACAGCUUUUCCCAACAUUAAUGGUCCACGCCAAAGCUUCAAAUAAAUUUAAUAUAUGUAUUUCAGAGCCUUUGACACCAAAUGAUCAGUGGAAGUAUUUUCACUAAGAAGCUUUCCACUGCAAGGUUAAAUUUUAUUCCGGGACUUUGACUUUUAUGUUGUUUUCUCGCGCCAUAUUUUUUGAAAAGUCAUUGGAAUGAAUGAUAUAAUGUCAGAUACACAGGUGCAAAAUCCUGGAACGAAAUUUUUAUCAUCAUCAAGCAAUGCCCCUCAAAGUUGAGUUUUCGCCAGCAAUUGAAAAUCCAUUUGUUCUGAAGUAAAUACUAAAUAUUUGUAGUUAAAUUCACAAUUCUGGUUGCAUUUUUCAGCCAAGGCUGUAAUUCUCAUAGUUCUUUAAAGCAUGCUGACUUUGGAGUGGCUUUGGUGGGCUCUUGCUUUUGGGGCCUGUUCUGGGUACAAAACCCUUCCUUGGCGUUGGCUGUGGAUUUGGGUUUUUUGUCUGGAAUGGGCUUUCUAGGUCUCUUGCACAUAACCCGUCCUUUCGAAUUAUGGAUAAGUUAACAUGUGGAUUUAUAUAAGGAGUUCUCUCUCAUCGAUUAGUCUAUCUACUGAGAGAUCUCCUCCUUUUAGGAAUGCCCCGCAUACAGGUAUCAUAUGUUCUCUUUCUUGGUUUAAUUUUGGUGCUUAUCGUUUGUUUUAUAUCUUUAUUAUUGAAUUUGAUGUAUUUUGCAUUGGAACUUGUAAACUGGGGUCGCAAAAGUAAGGAAACGGUAGAUCAAGAUGGUGGCCCACAGUGACCACGGGUCUAAGCCGAGUGAAGGGACUUGAAAACGAUAGGUUAUGGCGGGAAAAUGCAUUCGCCAUUCCCUCGACUUUUGGUUAAAAGAAUAUUUAAUGAAUGGUUUUCCUGUUUUGAGGACAAAUAUUCAGCAAAAUUUUGAAGCAUUGCUUCAAAGCAAUUUUGUAAAGGAUUCUUUGAGUAUUCAUGAAAGAUGACCACAAAGUGUCACUUUGAAGAAAGGAGAACGAAAAAUGCUGAAAUUCGAAGCAACUGCUUAAAGCUUCUUUUUCAUGAAAAAAAUAUAACUGAGAAAGUGACGUUAGCAGUGCACUUUAAUUUUAAAGUUUCAAUACUUACACAAGGUGAGUUGCUCUACAUUUGAUGUUAUAACUGAGAAAGUGACGUUAGCAGUGCACUUUAAUUUUAAAGUUUGAAUACUUACACAAGGUGAGUUGCUCUACAUUUGAUGUUAAUGACUUGUUUAUCUUAAAUUCUGAUUUACUCAUUAUCUAAGCAUAUGACAAUAAAAAAAUCAAAGCAAAACGUUCAACGUUUAUUCUGCUUUUAAAAUUAUUGAAAAGAAUUUUCUACACCCAAAGCGUCUAUGUUAUUUAGCAAGAAAACUAUUUUGAUCACUAAACAAAAGCUUUAGAAAUUGUUCACCCGAUAUCACUUUUGAUAACCUAGAGCCUGAUAUCUCAGCCAAAAUGAUCUUCUUGGUAAUAUGUUUAAAGUCAGAGCAAAGGUGCACGUAUUAAGUUUCAAGUUUAACUAAAUUAUCUUAUACUUAUUAAGUAUUGUCUAUACUUUGAGCCAAUUUUUUAUGAAUCAUUUGAAAAUAUUUUUCAGAAAUUUUCUGAAGCACCUGUCCUACGUUUUCCUGACUUUUCACCCACUUUUUUAUUCAAAACCCAUUUGAAUUACGCAAAAGAAUUCUUGGUGCCAAAAGGCCAAAAAUCCUUAAAACUGGAUUUUUGU